AAAGAUUCGAAUAUUGUGGUACAUUCCACAGGAGGGUGUUUUAGAAAGAAUAAUUUUAUUUCUGUGCUCAAGUGAGAUUAUACAAAGAUAGGGGACCGCUAAGAAAAGCGAAAAAAAUAGCUACAGAAUAAGGACCCCGUGCAUGUGUAUUGUUGGACGCUACUUUGGGUGUGAGUUAGGCCGCCUGAGUUCAAUCGUGAUUGCCGGACGAUUUGCGAUCGAAUUCGCCGCCAUUUUUGGUGUUUAUUUCCCUCUUCUGGCGCCACCGAAGCUCGCGCGGAUUUUCGUAUCGAAUUUAGUUGAAAGGAAGGGUUUGUUUCACUUUCCUCGAUCAAAUGUCGCUGCGGAGGCGAACAUUGCUCAAAGUCAUUGUCCUCGGUGACAGCGGAGUGGGCAAGACAUCGUUGAUGAACCAAUAUGUGCAUAAGAAAUUCAGUCAGCAAUAUAAAGCUACAAUUGGGGCAGAUUUCGUCACUAAGGAGCUUCAAAUAGACGAUCGCCUUGUAACUCUUCAAAUUUGGGACACUGCUGGCCAAGAAAGAUUUCAAAGUCUUGGAGUUGCAUUCUAUAGAGGGGCAGAUUGCUGUGUCCUGGUCUAUGACGUGAAUGUAAUGAGGUCCUUCGACAACCUUGACAACUGGCAUGAAGAAUUUCUUAAGCAGGCUAACCCAUCUGAUCCAAAGACGUUUCCAUUUAUAUUACUAGGAAACAAAGUUGAUAUUGACGGUGGUAAUAGCAGAGUGGUUUCAGAGAAGAAGGCUAAGGAAUGGUGUGCAUCGAAAAGCGGUAUACCUUACUUUGAGACGUCCGCAAGGGAGGACUACAAUGUUGAUCCUGCAUUCUUGUGUAUUGCGAAGGCUGCUUUAGCUAACGAGCAUGACCAGGACAUAUACUUCCAAGGCAUUCCUGACGUGGUUUCAGAAACAGAGCAGCAGCAAGGUGGAUGUGCAUGCUGAUCCGGACAUGGUUGGUAUGGUAGUCUUCUUCGUAGCUAACACUCAUGGUGAGCUUUUACUCAGACAUGGAUGUGUCGCUUUUAAGCUUCUUCUAUUUUGUAGCUGGCCGGCCAUUCUUUUGCAUUUGCGUGCAAUGUGUCGCUUAACUCUUGGUUUUGUGUUGGCGCCUUGGAUCGUUAAAACUGAGGUUGUAAACUUGGAGCCAAUUUUCGAGUUUUUGAGAGGCUUAUGUUUUGUUUGUCGGAAUCUGUCACUCUAGAAGCUUCGAAUUUUUAUCAAACUUCCAAAUCCCAGCUUCAUCUCCA